GUACUCACUUCCUUCUCACUACGUUUAGCAUCCCCGUCUCCUUCACCAUCAAGAUAAUAACUCUCACUCGUUCUUCUACAUAUUAGUUGCUAGCAUAUCAUUGUCUUCUCUCAUUCACACUCCAAGAGAAAUUCCAGUCUCCUCCAUAUAUCUCCUUUUCAAUUCAAGCAAGAGAGAGAGAGAGAGAGAGAGAGAGAGAGAGAUGGGUGCAGAUUGGGGGCCAGUCGUUGUCUCCGUAGUUUUGUUCAUCCUCUUGUCACCAGGGUUGCUUUUCCAAAUACCGUCAAGAGUAAGGGUGAUAGAGUUCGGGAACAUGAGCACAAGCGGGAUUGCCAUUCUGGUUCAUGCCAUUAUUUACUUUUGCAUAGUCACCAUCUUGAUCAUUGCAAUCGGCAUUCACAUAUAUUCAUGAUCAUGAUUGGAUCCAAACUAUGUUCACCCCUAUUUGUUUUGGUCUUUUUUUUUUCCUUUCUAAUCUUCCUCAUCAGGACAGGGAUGUUGUUCUAAUUUCUCCUUCUUUGUAACUCUAAUGGUCCUUACUUGACUCCUUGUUUAGUGUUAUGCGGGUGUCUAGUAGGUUUGGUUCAUAUUAAAAGAAAAAUCCAUUAAUUGUCUUACAUUGGAAAAGAAAGAAAAAUAAAUAUAUAAAACAUUGUAUUUUA